AUGAGUGAUUUUACUAUUUACUCAAAAAAAUGGGCAAAAACUAAAAAGUGUUGAUUGAGUUCAGUGUGGUGCGAAGAGUUUUGCUUCGAAAACACUUGGUGUGAGUGAGAGUGUGAACUUAGCUUCCUUCUCCCUCUUCAUCUUCAUCUUCAUCUUCAUCUUCAUCAUUCCGCAACUCAAAUCCCUUUUCUCUUCACAGAAAAUUACCAUUUCCAGCAAAGCUAUCUCCGCUGCAAAUUCAAUCAAGCCAUGUCGGGAAGGAAAGAAACUGUUCUGGACCUAGCGAAGUUCGUUGACAAAGGUGUUCAGGUUAAACUCACUGGUGGCAGACAAGUGACAGGAACUCUCAAAGGUUAUGAUCAGUUGCUUAACCUUGUCCUAGAUGAAGCUGUAGAGUUUCUAAGAGAUCCUGAUGAUCCUCUCAAAACUACUGAUCAGACCAGACGUCUUGGCUUAAUUGUUUGUAGAGGAACUGCUGUCAUGCUUGUGUCCCCAACUGAUGGUACAGAUGAGAUUGCCAACCCCUUUAUACAGCAAGAUGGGGCCUAGGUUUCAAGUAUUUUUACCUGUUAUCUAAGUGCUAAUCAAUCCCUUCAUGGCUUUGCUAUGAAACCAUUAAUGCAGAGAUUCUGAAUAGCAUUUUGUGUACUUCGUAAUAUUGGAUAUAUUCUUAGGCCUUUAAUCAAUAUAAUGUCAUAUGUGCACUUAGUUUGUUCUUGAUUAA